AUGUCUUCCCAGUCGAACGACGGUCCCUGGUCCGCCGUUAGAGUUCGCGAUGAGUUCUUUAACUUCUUUCGGUCGAAGGAACAUACUUUCGUACCGUCUUCACCGACUAUUCCAUUCGACGAUCCUACUUUACUCUUUGCUAAUGCCGGAAUGAACCAGUACAAGUCAAUUUUUCUCGGCACGGUAGAUCCGCAUUCAGAGAUGUCUAAAUUGAAGCGCGCGUUCAAUUCCCAAAAGUGCAUAAGGGCGGGAGGGAAACAUAAUGAUCUCGACGAUGUCGGCAAGGAUUCAUAUCACCAUACAUUCUUUGAGAUGCUUGGCAACUGGUCUUUCGGAGAUUACUUCAAGAAAGAGGCCAUUGCAUACUCUUGGGAGCUCCUGACUGAGGUUUACGAACUUCCGAAGGAUCGUCUAUACGUGACUUACUUUGAAGGAGAUCCCAAAAACAACCUCGAGCCUGAUUUAGAGGCCAAAGAAUACUGGUUAAGCCAAGGUGUCUCAGAGGACCAUAUUCUUCCGGGAAACGCCAAAGACAACUUUUGGGAAAUGGGUGCUACUGGACCGUGCGGACCGUGCAGUGAAAUUCACUUUGACCGAAUAGGCGGUAGGAAUGCCGCAAGUCUAGUCAACCAAGAUGAUCCCGACGUACUGGAAAUAUGGAACAACGUCUUCAUCCAGUUCAAUCGCGAAGAUGAUGGUUCCCUAAAAUCACUUCCCUCCAAACACGUCGAUACGGGUAUGGGUUUCGAACGGCUCGUAUCCGCUGUGCAGGACAAACGCUCAAAUUACGAUACCGAUGUUUUCACGCCGAUAUUUGCCAAAGUGCAGGAGCUCACGGGAGUACGCCCGUAUGAAGGCAGAUUUGGAGACGAGGAUGCUGACGGCAUCGACACUGCCUACCGGGUAGUCGCAGACCAUGUUAGAACCCUUACAUUUGCCCUCAGCGACGGAGGUGUCCCGAACAAGGACGGCCGCGGGUACGUACUUCGACGUAUCUUACGUCGGGGAGCACGUUAUGCCCGAAAGAAACUUGGCGUGACUAUCGGUUCAUUCUUUUCGUCUUUGAUGCCUGUCGUUGUCGAUACUAUGGGUCACACGUUUCCCGAGAUAACUCGGAAAAUCGCGGAAAUCAAAGAGAUUCUUGACGAAGAAGAAGAAUCUUUUUCUCGGACUCUUGAUCGUGGAGAAAAGCUCUUUGAGCAAUAUGCCGCGCGCGCAAGAGAGCAGGGAGCAAAAGAGCUGAACGGAAAAGAUGUCUGGCGGUUAUACGAUACCUUUGGUUUUCCUGUCGACCUCACGCGUUUGAUGGCAGAGGAACUUGGACUUGGCGUGAACGAUGCUGAAUUUGAAGAAGCCCAGGCCCACUCGAAGGAAGCCAGUAAGGCGACAGGGAAGACAGAAACCAGAGUCCAGGUGAAGUUGGACGUACACGAUAUUGCUUCCCUUGAGAAGAUGGAAACAGUACCUAAAACAGACGACUCUGCGAAAUUUGGUAUCGGAAAUAUCGAUGCAUCGAUAAAAGCGAUAUUCUACAACAAGUCUUUUGUUGGAUCAACAGAAUCUAUACCUCUCGAUGCCUAUUUUGGUUUGCUUCUGGACAAGACGAGUUUCUACGCAGAGGCAGGAGGCCAAGAAUACGACACUGGAAACAUUGUAAUUGACGGAGUGGCUGAUUUUGAGGUCACUGACGUCCAGGUUUACAACGGCUAUGUUCUACACACUGGCCGCCUAAAAUAUGGAAAUCUCCAAGUUGACGACGUUGUGGUAUCGUCAUACGAUGAACUCCGUCGCUGGCCGUUGCGGAACAAUCACACCGCAACGCAUAUUCUCAAUUUCUGCCUCCGUGAAGUUCUUGGCGACCAUAUCGAUCAAAAGGGAUCACUAGUUGCGCCGACAAAACUUCGUUUCGAUUUUUCGCACAAGGCGUCUAUCGGUCUCCCAGAACUGUCAAAGAUCGAGGCAAUGUCAGUGGACUGGAUCAAGCGCAAUGUAAAGGUUUUCAGUAAAGAUGUGGAUCUGCGGAGCGCCCAGAAAAUUCCGGGACUUCGCGCGGUCUUUGGAGAGACGUAUCCUGAUCCUGUCAGGGUUGUGACGCUAGAGUACGACGCCGAUGAGAUUGCGCAGGAUAUUGAAAAUCCCAAGUGGCGGAGUACAAGUGUUGAAUUUUGCGGUGGGACACAUGUGGCGAAGACUGGAGACAUCAAGGACUUUGUGAUCCUGGAAGAGUCUGGAAUCGCCAAAGGGAUACGUCGAAUCAUUGCAGUCACUGGACAUGAAGCUGCGGACGUCAGUCGGAUUGCUGACAAUUUCAAGGCGAGACUGGAUCAACUAGAGCAGAUUUCUGGGAAAGAGAAGAAUGCGGGGAUGAAAGCUUUGGGCGUCGAACUGGGUCAAACCGACGUUUCUGCGAUCAAGAAGGCAGAGUUGAAGGAAAGACUUGCUGCGAUGCGGAAAGCAUUUGACAAGCAGAUCAGGGAGAAGGAAACUGCAAUGAACAAGGAGGCGAUUGACCGAGUACAGCAGCAUUUCAAGGGUGGAGCGUCGUCGUAUAUUGCAGUUCUUGAAGUGAACGGUAGUUCAAAGAUACUUCAAAAUGUUGUUUUGCAAGGACGGAAACUGGGGAAAGCGGUGUACGUUUUCAGCGUUGACGAGGAGGGAAGCAAGGUUGGGCAUGUGAACCAUGUGCCGCCUGUAUUGAAGGAAAAGGGUGCGGAUGCUCGGACGUGGGCGUCAAAGGUUGGUGAGGUGCUUGGAGGCAAGGCUGGUGGGAAGGAAGAUUCUGCGCAGGGUGUGGGUGCUGAUGUGUCGCGAGUGAAAGAAGCUGUUGCUAUUGCUGAAGAAUAUCUAUCGGCGUACCUGUAA